AUUUCUCAUCCUCCACCCCCCCUCUCUCUCUCUCUCCCCUCUCCUACUCUCUCUCUCUCUCUCUCUCUCUCUCUCUCCUCUCCUAGCCAUAGCAUCAAUAAAACCUGGAAAGAGGAAAGCUAGACAGCUCAAUUUCUCCUUCCUCUCUGCCCAUACAUAUCUCUCUCUCCAUCGAUCUAACCUACACACACAGAGAAAGAGAGAGAAGCAGCAGUAGCACAUGUAACCUAGCUAGCCUGCAGUUCUCCGCGCCAACGCUUCUUCUUCUUGGCUGCCGCCUGGUGAACCUCGCCGUAGUCUGAACGGCUAGGGGGGCAGCGAGGCGGCGGCUCCAGGGGAUAAUCAGGAGGAAUGUCGUCGUCGGGCCAGAUCACGCCGGUAGAAGAAGUCUGCUACGUCCACUGCAACUUCUGCAACACCGCACUCGCGGUGAGUGUCCCUGGGAACAGCAUGCUCAACAUUGUGACAGUCCGGUGUGGGCACUGCACAAACCUACUUUCCGUGAGCCUGAGAGGGCAGAUGCACUCACCAGUCCCUCCCGCACCACAGGUCCAGGAGAGUAGCCUGAGCAAGCCCAAUGGCAUGAACAGCUUCAUUCGCGAUCACAGCAGCGUCUACAAUAACCCGGAGUUUGGUUCGUCUUCUUCUUCAUCGUCGUCCAAAUUCCGGAUGCCGACGAUGAUGUUCUCGUCGCAAAACGAUCUGCUGCAGGAACAAACGCUGCACGCACGUCCUCCGGAGAAGAGGCAGCGUGUUCCUUCGGCGUACAACAGAUUCAUCAAGGAAGAGAUACGAAGGAUCAAAGCAAACAACCCCGACAUUAGCCACAGGGAAGCCUUCAGCACUGCCGCAAAGAACUGGGCACAUUACCCAAACAUCCAUUUUGGUCUAAACCCCGAGCGCGACGGUGGCAAGAGGCUGGCCGUCGACGAUGCCGCGCCGGCUGCCAAGAAGAUCCAAGGUUUCUGUUCAUAGACACGGCGGUGGGGAGUCCAAACAACAAGAACAAUUGUAUCUAUAUAUAGUAUCAGUAUAUCGCAUAUGUGUAUACGUACCGCAUGUGAGUAAGUAAAGAUGCAAAGGAAAAGAGAAAUCGCUACGUACCUUACCUUAUACAAUUGUACGUACAUAUAUGGUGAUCGAGUGAAUAAAUAAUUAGUCUGUCUUUUUA